UUGUGACCCCGGAAGCGAUCCUCGGAGGUCAGGGCACCAAGAUGGCGGCGCGCGCGGCAUGUGUGUCCCUGUGCCGGCGCCUGCAGCAGGAAUUGGGGCAUUUGUCUAUAAAUGGUUCUAAGAGCAGCACAAGCAAAACUGGUAGCCUCCUGCUCAGUUCCAGUAUGAAGUGGGUACCACUGUCAAGCCUGCACAUGGACGUUCCAAAGGAUUUGACAAAGCCUACAAUAACCACGUCCGAUGAGCCAGAUACAUUGUACAAACGCCUGUCCAUUUUAGUGAAGGCCCAUGACAAGGCGGUGUUAGACAGUUACGAGUAUUUUGCUGUGCUCGCUGCUAAAGAACUUGGCCUCUCUAUUAAAGUACAUGAGCCGCCGAGGAAGAUAGAGCGACUCACUCUUCUCAAGUCCGUGCACAUUUUCAAGAAGCACCGUGUUCAGUAUGAGAUGCGGACGCUCUACAGGUGUUUGGAGUUAAAACAUUUGACUGGAUGCACAGCCAAUGUCUACUUGGAAUAUAUCCAGCGAAACUUACCCGAAGGGGUUGCCAUGGAAGUAACAAAGACACAGAUACAGCAGUUGCCAGAACACAUCAAGGAGCCCAUGUGGGAAACAGUUACAGAGGAGACUGAAGGAAGCAAGCUGUAAGCCUUGGGGAUGUCGCCUGUGCUGCAUCUGAAGUGCACGGGCCUGGCCUGUGUUCCCUAGAGAACGCUCCAGCUGAGGGGAAGUCACUCCACCUGCCGUGUUCACGCCUGAGCAGCCGAGCGGCGCAUGAGUGGCAGGCCUGGAUUCAGGGAGAACCACUGUGUCUGUUCUUUACCCCUGACUUUG